GGCUCAGAGCGGCAGGGCCAGCCUGACACAGCCAGGCCCCGGCGCCCACCAUGAAUGCCAAAAUCACCAAGACCCCCACAGGGAGCUUGCAACAGCAGCGUCCCACACGCCCAGGAGCUUCCACAGCUCCGGUGCCACCACGCCCUGGGCCGAUGGUGCAACCCUCACGCUCUGGGUCGGGGGUGGCGCCCUCUCGCCCUGGGGCAGCGCCCUCUCGCCCUGGGACCGUGGCGCCCUCUCGCCCAGGGACGGCGACGCCCUCUCGCCCAGGGACGGCGGCACCCUCUCGCCCAGGGGCAUCCGAGCAACCGGAGAAUACAGGACCCAGGAUGCAGCAGGAUGCAGCCUCAAGGAUACCCAAGGGCCAAGAGAAGUCCUCCAUCCAACAGCGUGCUGAAGGACGGGCCAAAGUCCCGCUCAAAUUCAGGGACAGCUUCAAGCGUUUUUUCUUCUCGCCCAAGGGGAUAUUGAAGAUCCUGAGGCUGGGUCUUAUCCUAGGAGCAUUAAUUUGUUUCAUCAUUGCCAAAGCCUAUGAGCCGUAUAUAGCCAUCACAGUUCUGGAAAUGUGCAUCGUUCUUUUUUUUAUUCUAAUAUAUAUGCUAACCCUUCACCACUUGCUGGUUUUUUUAGAUUGGCCCUUACUUGAUCUUAUCAACAGUAUCAUUACAGCUAUGUUCCUUUUAAUAGUUGCCAUCUUGGCGAUGCAAGAAAUGGAAAGAAGGCAUUUAUUCUAUGUUGGAGGGAUCCAGUGUCUCAUGGCGGCAAUGGUGUGUAUCCUGGAUGCGAUGCUGGCCACCAAGACCAUGAGGGAGAAAAUAAAAAGAUUCCUGGGAAUCGAAUUAGACACCAAUGCCUCCCUGCUCCUGGAACCCAUCCCUGAAAAAGCACAGGGAACCAAGUCAUUCUGGACGCUAUUCUCGAAAGCACCCACACCGGCACCCGUGAAAGCAGACACACCGGCACCUGGGAAAGCACCUGCGAAAACAGGCACGCCGGCACCCGCGAAAGCACCUGAGAAGGCACCCGCAAAAGCGGGCACGCCGGCACCCGCGAAAGCAGCCUCGCAGGCAUCCACGAAAGCACCUGCGAAAACAGGCACGCCGGCACCCGCGAAAGCACCUGCGAAAGCACCCGCGAAAGCAGCCACGCAGGCACCCACGAAAGCACCCGCGAAAACCCCCACCUCGGACUCCAGGCGCACACCCACCCAGGUGUCCUCAAUGGUAUCCUCGCGGCCAUCCUCGGGGCCCGCAUCCUCGGUGCCAUCUUCGCGGCCAUCCUUGCGGACACCCGCACGGACAUAAACGUUGGUGCUUCGUCCCUCUCGCUAAUCCCAGCACUGAGCUUGCAUGCUGUCGCCCAUCCCGGCCCACAUGCGAUCAUAAAAUCAGGGCUGCUAAGUUGGGACCAUU